CAACUUUGGCAUGGCUUGUUGCUACAUUGCCGCGUGCGUGAUUGCAUUUUUUAUCAGGGGGGCCGAGGUGCUUGAUAUUGACUUGCACGUACAAUACAAUGAGUCCGUCAAGCGUGGUUCGAGUUUUGAGAGCCAUCACGACCGGAAAAAAAAGCAAUCCUCAGUUGAAGAUGGCUUCACAGUGGUGUCUAUUUCGGGAAUGACCUGUGCAGCUUGUUAUACUUCAGUAGAGGGAGCGUUGAAGAAGGUAAAUGGAGUUGAGCAGGUCCUUGUGUCGUUAUCACUUCAGGAGGCACGUGUAUUUCAUAGGCCUGGUCUGACCCCAAACCUCUUAACAGCUGCCGUCGAAAGCGCUGGAUUCAGCGCAGAAGCAGGUGAACGGAGCUCCUCAGAGAAACUUGAUAUCCUUAGACAUACACAAGACUUAGCCAAGCUGCGGGUCUCCGUGCAAGGUCUUGGAUAUCUUUCUACCCUCAUUUUCGGCUUGGGAAAAUGCUUAGAUUGGAUGGCAUCUAACAAGAUCAACCUGUCGUCUUUAUGGUUACAAAAGCUAAGGUCAUUGCUGCUCUUGACAUUGACCGUCACCGCGGUCGCCCAAUAUGGGUCAUGGAUCUUCCAACGUGCAAUCGGCGCUGCGAGACGAAGGCGAGUUAAUAUGCACACGCUGAUAGCCGCAUCUACGGCUAUUGGGCUUUUGCUUACUUUCAGCAACAUGUUUCAAAGCAAUCCAAGAUCAGAAUACCAUGAUACGAUCGUGGGAGUCUUGCUUAUCAUUUCUGUUGGGCAUUACAUGGAUCUGCUAUCUCGUCGCCGCGCUACAGACACAUUUGAGUCGCUAUAUCACCUGGUCGAUGAAACAAAAAUGGUAAAACUGGCGCAAAUAAAUAAGCAUUUACCCACAUCGGCGUUACGCCAAGGGGACGAGAUCAUAAUCGAGCCAUACGAGAUUGUUCCCUGUGACUGCUAUAUUCUUGAAGGCAGCACUUACGUGAAUGAAUCAAUUAUUACCGGCGAAGCGUACCCAAAAGCCAAGGGCAUAGGCUCUUUAUUGCUGGCUGGCACUCGAAAUGGAUCAAGCCAACUCAAAGCAUCCGUACACCAAGACUAUUCUUGCUCAUUUCUUUCACAGCUCGUCAGAAGCAUUGAGAUUUCUCUGAGCUCGAAAGCAUCAACUCAAAAGUACGUCGAUGUUUUGACACAACACUUUGUCUCUUGCAUAUUCGCCAUUGCAAUGGCCGCAUCCUUAUUCACUUUCGUAAGAAUGCAUGAUCAUGGCUUCAAUCUAGCUUUGGACGCCUCUGGGAGAAAAAUGAUGACUAUACUUGCUGCUGCAUGUCCCUGUGCGCUAGGUUUGGCGGCACCAUGUGCUGUCAUGGCAGGCAUUGAUGUUGCGUGGCGAAAAGGUAUUCUUAUGUUGGAAGGCGGAGAAACCAUGGAGAAUGUUCUACAAAUAACCCAUGUGGUUAUGGACAAAACGGGAACGCUUACUCUAGGAACUCCAAGAGUGACCGACUAUGUCGUGUUCGGCAAAUGGAACGGUCGUGAGGAGGAGCUAGCAACGUUAGUUUGCGCCGCUGAAGAGAGAGCCAUGUCGUCGCAUCCGUUGGCUAUGGCAAUUUUCAAGGAAUUUUUGCCAAAGUGCAAAGGUUCAUGGGCAAGAUAUCAGUCAAGAGGUGAGAUUGGUAAUUUAAGAGAAAUAGGAGGGCGAGGUGUUGUCUGCGAAGUGAACAUAAGCCGCGAAAGGCGGGAGGUGGUCCAUGUCGGCAAUCUCGAGUUUUUGAAAGAUCAACAUGUCAAGGGCCUACAGAAUGUACCCAAACGUUUCAAGGCGGAGGGUUCAGCAGCAUUCAUCGGUAUAAACGGAGAUUUGGCAGCAUGUUUACUCUUACAGGACACCUUACGACAAGACACGAUCAGCACUAUUAAAGCACUCCAGAAUCAAGGCCUGAUAGUAUCGAUACUAACUGGCGAUACUGAUCAAGAAGCUUGUCGCAUCUCGCAUGAGCUUGGCAUAACUGUCACUGCUUCAAGUGCAACUCCAGACGUCAAGAUGCGGCAUGUUGAAAGCUUACGCAGCGAGGGCAACAAGGUUAUGAUGGUCGGAGAUGGCAUGAAUGAUGGGCCGAGCCUUGCAGCAUCCGACGUUGGCAUAAUGAUUGCUCAUGGUAGGAGAUGUCUGUCAUCAGGAGGUAGCGUGCUGAUACUGCAAUCACAACUGCGUGCGCUCGUGACCCUAUUCGAAAUAUCUCGAUCGACAAUGCAACAAGUAUCACUCAACAUUACAUGGGCUUUAAGCUAUAACAUAAUCGCAGUUGCCUUAGCAGUUGGCAUUGGCGAACCAUGGGGCAUAUCUAUAUCACCGCCCACUGCAGCUGCUUUGAUGUCGUUCUCCUCAAUUUUGGUUACCGUGCAGGGCUUAUGGCUACGGGGCAGGCUGUCUGCACGGUUCUGCGGUGAUACUUGAAGGUCAAAUUAGAUGACGAUUAUUUGAGCGAAUUGAUAUCGUCUCUGAGCAUGCCGCGAAUUUCGAACUAUAGUCGUCUCCGUUCUUGAUUUAG